UGUAGGGGCGGAAAAGAAAAAAUAUAAUAGAUGUGAAAGUAACAUCAUCGGAAUUGCUACUUGAAUGAAGACCAAAGAAACCAGAAAUCCAAAUUUUUCAAAAGAUCACGGCGAAGGCGGGGCGAAGGGUAUUCGAUUCAACUGUGUGUCACAUCUUGAGUUGCUCUUCAUUCCAUUCUGAGGAGACAGAAGAGACACCGUUCGGGAGACAGCCCUUUCUAUCCGUGUAGAGUUAUGCAGUUCCUAAUUCAGGCAAGCAGUUCAGGCCAUCUAUAGUUCAGAAGGCUGGUUAUCAUGAAAAGCAGUUGUUCUUCACCCAUUGAACCCAAGGCUAAGGGAGGGAAUGAAUGCCUAUCGAUUCACGUACCGGGGCGAAGGCGGGCCGAGGAGCAGGGAGCAGAGCACUAUCAAUAAGGGCACUCUCGCCUAUCGUCUCUAAAACACGCCAAACAACAGGUAUUUCUGUCACCAGAUCUGGAUUUCUCCUCAAAUUUGGGUCGUUUUUGAGUUGCCCAUAAACCAUAAGGGAGUUAAAAAUCAGUCAAAACAACUUUCUACCGGAUUCUUCUGUGGGUUAGUGAUCAAGGCAUCUAGGUAUACGGCAAGCUGCAUUUCUAAUAAUGGGUGCCAGAGAAUUUAAUGCCCCUCCGAUGGAUUUGGGUGGUGGCAUUCCUGUGUCACAGCCCAGAAGGUCUAUAAACCCUCCAUUCCAACCCCAGGUGAGGCCCCCUGUUAGUACAAAUCUUCAAUUUAUGUCGUUUGACGUUGGAUCUGCGCCUAUAUCAUUUGCACCCCCUCCUGCUUAUUCCAGAAAUAGUUUUGGAGCCUUCGAAGAUGAGCCUCCUUUACUGGAAGAAUUAGGUAUCAAUACCCGCCUCACAACAAAGAAGACCCUAAACCUUCUGAAUCCCAUCAGGGUUAAUCCUAAUUUGCAUGAGAAUACAGACCUCUCGGGCCCAUUUCUAUUCUGUAUUGCAUUUGGGAUCUUUCAGCUGCUGGCAGGGAAGCUUCAUUUUGGGGUGAUUUUGGGUUGGAUUACCGUGGCCUCGCUAUACCUCUAUGUUGUAUUCAACAUGUUGGUAGGGAAGAAUGGUAGCUUGGAUCUGUACCGGUGUCUUAGCUUAGUGGGUUACUGCAUGUUGCCCAUGGUGAUUUUCUCAGCACUCGCUCUUUUUGUCCCACAUCAAGGGGUUGUAAUGUUUGUUAUGGCAGCGGUUACUGUGGUUUGGUGCACGAGGGCAUGCAGCAACUUGCUGCUUGUUCUUGCAUCUCAUGGAGAUGAACACCACAAAUUGGUGGUGUAUGCAUGCGGCUUGAUCUACAUGUUGUUUUCUCUCCUGGUGAUUUUCUGAGAGAGGUAUUACUGUUUUUUGAUAAAGCUUCACAAAUUUAUCACAGCAACUGCUUGGUAAAGUUGCCAUUGUAUUUUUAGGGAUUUUGUUGAAAAGGAUCUACGAUGAAGCCUUUAUAUCGUUUGGAAGAAUAUUUCUAAAAGUUUGACAGAGUUUAUGUUUUACUUAAAGAACUUUCAUGUGUUUUGAUGAUUAAAUUCUUUAAGAUUUGACAUGAGUAA